AUGUUAUUGCAAAAUUUAGCCUUGAAAAAGGGCAAAGAAGCGGCUGGUCAUAACAUUCAAUCAUUGACAAAACAUGGGAACUAUUUUGUUCAAAGUAGUGAUAUAAGACGUACAUAUAUUUCCAAUCAAUCUGCAGCUAGUAAAGUGAGGGAAGAAUUGGCAAAAGAAACUUGCGAAAAGCUUUCGAAUCAACAUCAAGCCAAGAAGAAGGCUAAAGCUAUUGAUAGAGACUUCUUUCUAUCGGUCCUUGGUUCUUCCGCAACUAAACGCGAAGCUCGCUCUUACAUUCAAAACUUCAAACCUCUAGAUACCUCUCCCGCAAAGCCGAAAUCCCAAGGACCCGUCCAACAAAACACAAAUGAGAAUGGCGUAAACUUGGGAAGCAUAUAUACAGCAACAAGGGCUGUGGCAGAAAGUCCAAAGUUUGUACAACAACCAGCAGUCUCACAAACCACAUUGGGCGGCUCCAUAUUACAUGUUGCUUUAGUGAAAGUCAGAGCUCCACAACUGCUAGAUGAUGAAACAUUGAAUGGGAUUGGGAAAACCUUGUCGAAACUAUGUAGACUUGGACUGGUCAGUACUGUCGUGUUGGAUUGUGAGGAUGGAACCGAUACCCACCUGAAGGUAUCUAAAAGCGAAUGGAGAAAUCGGGUUAAAGAGCAAGCCGCUCGUGUUGUGACUGCCAUUGAUGCCAGUGGGACAGAAGCACGGCUAGUGGACAAUGUGAUAGGAAUUGCAGAAAAUGGAUUUGAUGUCGAGCAACAACCAUAUCUGAAAGGCAGGGUGCAUGUCACAUUUAGGGAGCUACUGAUGACGCCAUUGAGACGAGGGGUACUCCCUGUGUUACCUUCAAUAGGGCAUACGGAUGCUACUCAAACCGCAGAGUCAACCACCGCUAGUGAUGUUGUCCUGGCGUUGAUCCGAGAAUUUGCUGGAAUCUUGCUUCCGCAAUCACUGGAUGAACACCCUAAUGUUGUCAAAGAGCACUUCCAGGCCUUACAAAAUGAGGUAUCGCUUGAUCGUCUAAUUUUGAUCGAUCCCCUUGGGGGUAUUCCAGCUUCGGACCGCAGAAACGGUUACCACGUUUUUCUGAAUAUGGAACAAGAAUAUGAGUUAGCGAAGCAAGAUCUCAUCAAAACAGGAGGUUUCUUUGCCGAACAAAAUUCUGACGAGCUUAAAAAUUCACCCCCGCAGCAAAGCGGUUCACCUACACUGCAAGAUCAAAGAAUGAAAUUUCAUUUGGAUAAUUUGGAACUAGUUCGAAGUGCUUUGGCUAUAUUACCUCCUAGUUCUUCUGCUUUGAUAACUACACCUGAUGAGGCCGCGAAUUCCGGAAAACAACACGAAUUUAAGGCUGCUGGGGUUGGUACACGACGACAACGAAAUCCAUUAAUUCACAACCUACUUACCGACAAGCCAGCGUUCUCUUCAUCCCUUCCCGUUGGAAGGUUGGGUCCAAUGGAUAAGAACGAACCAGUUACACCAUCAACUAAAUUGGCCCCAGCCACUUUUGCAAAACAUGGAAUGCCAGUGACCAUUUUUCCAGAUCCAAAGACCACCCCUUGGGAACCACCUAUCGCUGGCGUUCCACAAAUAAGCUUAACCGAUCCUCAAAUUGAUCUACCUCGCCUAGUACAUUUGAUCGAGGACUCCUUCAAUAAGAAACUAGAUGUUCAGGAUUACUUAAGACGUGUCAAUGAUCGUAUAGCUGGAGUCAUCAUUGCAGGCGAAUACGAAGGGGGAGCAUUACUGACGUGGGAACUACCACCCGGUGUACCAGACGAUGGAAGUGAAGAAAGUCGUAGGCGAAUGGUGCCCUAUCUUGACAAAUUUGCCGUCUUGAAGAGAAGUCAGGGAUCGGGCGGUGUUGCAGAUGUGGUUUUUAAAUCUAUGGUGAGAGAUUGUUUUCCUGGUGGUGUUUGUUGGAGAAGUCGUAAGGAUAAUCCAGUAAACAAAUGGUAUUUUGAACGCAGCAGAGCUACGUUAAAACUGGCUGAUACGAAUUGGACGAUGUUUUUCACGACGCCGGAAGAAAACAUGGAUCAGCAAACAUUCCAAGACUACGAAGCCGUUUGCAAGGUCAUUGAACCUUCUUGGGCGGAUAAACAGGGAGUUCAGGAUUGA